AUGAAAGGUGGAAAUUCUAGGACCGGAUCUAAGAGCACUGAUUCCAAGCUUGCUGUGAAAAAGAAUGGUGGAGGCGUCACCAAGCCGGCCAGGAACACAGCGUGGUUCCAUAAGCUAAAGACACCUCCUCCUCCAGAUGAGUUCUUGGUCUUCCUCCGGGAUUUUGUUAGGAAACAGUUCAAUAAGGAACUUCAUGAUAACAAACCUUUGUCUGCUGCUAUUAUGGCUAAAGCUGCUUGUUCUAAAUGGAAGACCAUGUCUGAUGCUGAGAAAGCGUCCUAUGCCGCCGAAGCACAAAGACUGAAAACAGCUUAUUAUGAGAAUCACGUUCUUACCGAGAAACUAAAGGCUCUCAAUAUGUAG